GGAGGAGAAAGCGGCGGAGGAGGCGGCUCCCGCGCUCGCUGCGCCGCGCCACCUGCCCGCUCGCUCUCGCCGCCGUCGCGCUCGCCCGUCGCCGCCGACAUGCAGCUGAGACCCGGCGGCCCCGCGUCGCCGUCGCCGCCGCCGCCGCUGCUGCUGCUGCUGCUGCUGCUGCUGGGCGCGGGCGGCGGCUGCGGGGUGCGCGCCGAGGUGCUGUUCCGCUGCCCGCCCUGCACGCCCGAGCGCCUGGCCGCCUGCGAGCCCCCCGCGCCGUCCGCGCCGUCCGGGCCGGCCCGCGAGCCCCGCGCGCACUGCGCCCAGCUGGUCCGCGAGCCGGGCUGCGGCUGCUGCUCCGUGUGCGCGCGGCUGGAGGGCGAGGCGUGCGGCGUGUACACCCCGCGCUGCGCCCAGGGACUGCGCUGCUACCCGCACCCCGACUCCGAGCUGCCCCUGCAGGCGCUGAUGCACGGCGAGGGCACUUGCAGGAAGGUCCACGAGGGCGACCUGGGCGCCAGCCGCGAGCAAGUGGCAGAGCCCGCGGACGAGCACCCCGAGGGGGACCUGGCCGAGAACCACGUGGACGGGAGCCUGAACCUGCUGGGCGGUGCGGGCCGGAAGCCCCCCAAGUCGGGCAUGAAGGAGCUGGCCGUGUUCCGCGAGAAGGUCACGGAGCAGCACCGGCAGCUGGGCAAGGGCGGCAAGCACCACCUGGGCCUGGACGAGCCCAAGAAGCUGCGGCCGCCGCCCGCCAGGACCCCCUGCCAGCAGGAGCUGGACCAGGUGCUGGAGCGCAUCUCCACCAUGCGCCUCCCGGACGAGCGCGGCCCGCUGGAGCACCUGUACUCGCUGCACAUCCCCAACUGCGACAAGCACGGCCUGUACAACCUCAAGCAGUGUAAGAUGUCUCUGAACGGGCAGCGUGGGGAGUGCUGGUGUGUGGACCCCAACACCGGCAAGCUGAUCCAGGGCGCCCCCACCAUCCGGGGGGACCCCGAGUGUCACCUCUUCUACCACGAGCAGCAGGAGGCUCGUGGGGGACACAGCCAGCGGAUGCAGUGAAUCCCGGCCGGCUGGUGCCCGGGCCCACCCCUGCCCUCAGCCCCUCGCAGAGCCCCCGCAGAGAGAGGAGCAGUCGGAUCAAGUGGCUGCAGGGGCGGGUUUUCCAGGAGUGCUGACCUGUGUAUUUAUAUCUGGAAACAGACCAGCACCGGCCUUGGCACAUGCCUCACCCCUUCUCUACUCCUCACCCCCCACCCCCCCCACACACCGCUGGACAUGCCCUCGCCCCCCUCCCUCCCUUCCCCGUCCCUGCGGGGUGGGGGUGGGGGACCCAGGCUGAUCAUCUCAGUGCAGCUGGGGUCAAGGCUUUGAGGGGUGGUGCAAGAAAUUUUUAUUUUUGAACCCCUGUGUCUCUUUUGCUUAAGAUUAAAGGAAGGAAAAAAUAAA